CAGUUACGAAAGUAUCGUUUGUCUCGCUUCUCUCGCGAUAAGUUCAAUUCCUUUAAUUUAGCUGCGCAGGAAAAAAGCUAACGUUAGUCCGUUGGCUUUGACAACUACUUUACCCAGGAGACAUGAGUGUCAAACUCACACAGGGGGCAGUUGAAGCCCUGUUCAGAGGCUCAGAGGUGAACAAUCCCGUGCUACAGCUGCUGAAAAUCCGUCAGAUCGAUAAUUGCUCUGGUCCAACCAGGUUCCGGCUCAUGAUGAGCGACGGUCAGCACUCUCUCUCUUCCUUCCUGCUGGCCACACAGUUAAACAGUCUGUCAGAAGAGAACCUCCUAGUACCCAACUGUGUGUGUAAGCUGAAGAAGACCAUCACCAACACAUUGUCAGAUGGCAGGUGUGUGGUGAUUGUGAUGGACAUGGAGAUAUUGCAAUCGGCCGAGGAAACUGGAGGGAAGAUUGGAAAUCCCACUCCAUAUAAUACAGAUGAUAAGAUGUCAUCUCCACAGAAGUCGGCCUCAAGUACCUCUGUCUCAGCAUCCCCUCCACCGGCUGCAGUACCUGGACCCUCCUAUAAGGACAACAGCACAGCCCUUUCUCCUCCCCGAGGCCGUGGAAGAGGUUUUGUGGGAAAGUCACCCAUGAAGGCUUCACCCAUGAAGGCUUCACCCAUGAAGGCUUCACCCAUGAAGGCUUCACCCAUGCAGUCGUCACCCAUGAAAGCUUCACCCAUGAAGUUUUCACCCAUGAAGGCUUCACCCAUGAAGUUUUCACCCAUGAAGGCUACUGGUGCUUCUCCAGGUUCUUCAACAAAAGUUAUUCCUAUUGCUCACCUCAACCCCUACCAAAGCAAGUGGACUGUCAGAGCCCGUGUCACCAACAAGUCCAGUAUCCGCACCUGGAGUAACUCUAAAGGAGAGGGCAGGCUCUUCUCCUUUGAGAUAGUGGAUGAGAGUGGAGAAAUCAAGAUCACAGCCUUCAACAAUGAAGUGGACAAGUUUUUCUCUCUAGUGGAGCAAGGCAAGGUGUACUACAUCUCCAAGGCUACGCUGAAGGUGGCCAACAAACAGUACACCACACUGAAGAACGACUAUGAGAUGACCCUCCACGCUUAUUCAUCCAUUGUGCCAUGUAAUGACAGUCAGGGCAUCCCCGCAGUGCACUGUGACUUUGUGCCCAUCGCAGAGCUGGAGAACAGAGACAAGGACGCCAUCAUUGAUGUGAUAGGAGUGUGUAAGAGUGCAGAAGAUGUAUCCCGUAUCACCACUAAGACGAGCAGAGAAGUCUCCAAGAGGGCCCUCAACCUAAUAGACACAACUGGCAAAGUGGUGACACUCACAUUGUGGGCAGAGGAGGCGGAGAAGUUUGACGGCUCUGGGCAGCCUGUGGUUGCCAUCAAAGGAGCUCGCUUGUCUGAUUUUGGGGGAAUAUCUCUCUCUACUUUGUUCAGUUCAACAGUCAUGGUCAACCCAGACAUACCGGAGGCCUUUAGACUGAGGGGCUGGUAUGACCGGGAAGGCUAUGCGCUCGACAGCCAAUCCCUGACAGAGACGAGGUCAGUGGGCAGCGGAGCAAAGAUGAACUGGAAAACACUGAGCGAUGUUAAGAAUGAACAAAUGGGACACGGAGAGAAGGCUGACUAUUUCAGCUGCAUGGCGACAGUGCUUUACACUCGUAAGGAGAAUUGUCUGUACCAGGCCUGUCCAUCUGCAGACUGCAACAAGAAGGUCACAGACCAACAGAACGGACUGUACCACUGCGAAAAGUGUAACAGAGAGUUCCCCAACUUCAAAUACAGACUCCUACUUUCUGCCAACUUAGCAGACUUCGGGGAUAACCAGUGGGUGACAUGCUUCCAGGAGACAGCUGAGGUCCUGUUAGGUCACAGUGCAGAAACACUGGGACAGCUCAGAGACACAGACGAGGCUGCAUUUGAUGAAGUCUUUCAGAAAACCAACUUCACAACUCACAUCUUUAAAAACAGAGUCAAGCUGGAGACGUACAACGAUGAGAGUCGAGUGAAGGUAACUGUAAUGGAAGUCCAGCCAGUGGACCACAGGGAAUACAGCAGGAGACUCCUGAGUAACAUCCGCAAAUUGGCCAGCUGAACUUGCUCCCAGUGAUCCAAACGGCUGCCUGGUAAUUAAACUGGUCUCUGACUGGUGUCCGACCUUUUCCACCAGCGAGAUAACCGCAUGUCUGACUGAAGCAGCAAAGUGGCGGCCAGAGAUUCAUCUGACUAAAUGGCAGCCAAAUAAGACUUGUUCACGUCUUUCAACAGGCCAAUUAUGACACACUGGAAAUGUGAUGGAAAUUACUUUUACCUUUUUAAUUUAUUGACAUUUUAACAAAGCAGUUUGACUAUUUGAUUACAUACAAUUGUGUUUUAGACCUGCUUACAUUUAUAAUGUAUGUCAUAUACAUACAAAGAUCACAGCGUUUUCUCUUUUUUAUAUACAAGUGAUUCAUCUCUUUGGUCUCAGAUCUGUGGUGAUCCUCAUUGUUGAGUUAAGAUGUAGAUGAGUCAGAUUUAUUUCAUUUUCAUUGUUUCGUUGUAAAAAUGAAGGCAUGGCAAAAGUGCGUGGAAGAUGCACGUGUUGGCAUUUGUUUUAACUGUAGUCAUAGUGUCUACUAGUUAUUAAAAUAUAUCUUUGUUUGAAUUAAAAAACAGAAUUGUUUGGUUUGCUGGGCUUCCAAAAAAUGUCAUACAAGAAAGAGUGAUUAAAAGGAUGUUAAGAUAAAAA